AUGAGUCACGGCGGUGGCAGCACCAGCCAGACGGUGGCCGACAUCUACAGAGCCGUCAUCAACGAUGUGAUCAGCCAGAUGAAGGACAGCUUCCUGGACGAGAACAUUGACAUCGACGUGCUGCAGACGCUCAAGCAGGAAUGGGAAGACCGCGUGCGCAGCGAUGGCGGCGUUGACUACGAUGGGCCGAAGAAUCCCGUUCAGAUGGUCCCCGUGCAGCCAAGGACCCAGCCCGCGCGACCCGUGCAACAGCAACAGCAACAGCAUUUCGCGCCCACCAUGCGCCCGCAAGCCCAGCCGUCGCAACAGUACACGGAAGCAAAAGCGCAGGCCAUCAACCAGUUCGUCAAUCGGGCGCCCCCGAUGGCUGUCUCGAUGGGUCAGCCUCAAUUGCUGACGCACAAUCUGGACCACGGCCAGCCCCCGCCACAACGCAUCCCAGCGACCCAGCCGAUCUACAUGGGACAGCCGAAUCAGCAGCCACAGCAGCUCCAUCAUUUCACUCAGCAACAGGGCAUCAACCUGCAGCAGAUCCCUCCACAGUUUCGCCUCGUCCAAACCAACAGCCAGCCAUUCCUCAUUCAAAACGGCGGCCCUGGAAUGCAGCAGCCGAUGCCGAUGGUGUUGCCAGGUCAAUUGAUGGGCAACGGCCGCGUUUUUCUGCAACAACAGCCCGCACAGCCUGAUCAAGUCCAUCAGCUGGAUGGACAAGGGGAUUCUGAGGACGAGCCUGAUGCUAGCCUCCCCGGCCCCAGCCUCAAGCGCCCAGAACUGAAAUUGCGAAGCGCUGCCGCCCUGCCGAAACCGCGUCGAAUCAAGGGCAAGGAGCUGAAGCAGUUGCUGAAGGGACUGAAGGGUGUCGUCCAAGUAGAUGGCAAUGGCGGCGGCAUGACCGAUAGUUCCAGUGGUGAAGAGGAAGAAGAUGAUCUGCAACGUCUCGCCGAACCCGCCGAAGAGAAGGAAGAUGAUGAUGCGGGAGCCGACGGCGACGAUCCGCUCAACUCUAACGAUGACCAGAGUGACGACGAGGAUGUGGUGACCCUCUUCGCUGCUGAGGACAUCAUCAUCUGCCAGUUCGAGAAGGUCGGUCGUGCUCGCCAGAAGUGGAAGUUCAACCUGAAGGACGGCAUCAUGCGCAUCAAGGGCAAGGACUACUGCUUCCAGAAAUGUCAGGGCGAGGCCGAGUGG